GUCGCGCGUCGGGCGCGCCGUGGCCCCGUCGGGGCGGCGGGAGCUGCGGAGCCGCCAUGGCGGACCUGGAGGCCGUGCUGGCCGACGUCAGCUACCUGAUGGCCAUGGAGAAGAGCAAGGCGGCGCCGACAGCGCGCGCCAGCAAGAAGGUCGUCCUGCCGGAGCCCAGUAUCCGGAGUGUGAUGCAGAGAUAUCUUGCAGAGAGAAACGAAAUAACCUUUGACAAGAUUUUCAAUCAGAAAAUUGGCUUCCUGCUGUUUAAGGACUUCUGUCUGAGUGAACUGGAUGAAGUGGUCCCACAGGUGAAGUUUUACGAAGAGAUAAAGGAAUACGAGAAGCUGGACAGCGAGGAGGACCGGCUGCGCAGGAGCCGGCAGAUGUAUGAUGCCUACAUCAUGAGGGAGCUCCUCUCCUGCACACACCAAUUCUCAAAGCAAGCCGUGGAACACGUGCAGAGCCAUCUCUCCAAGAAGCAGGUGACAGCUACUCUUUUUCAGCCAUACAUAGACGAAAUCUGCGAAAGCCUUCGAGGGGAUAUUUUCCAAAAGUUUAUGGAAAGCGAUAAAUUCACCAGAUUCUGUCAGUGGAAGAAUGUGGAAUUAAAUAUUCACCUGACCAUGAACGACUUCACUGUGCACAGGAUUAUUGGCCGAGGAGGGUUCGGCGAAGUUUACGGCUGCAGAAAAGCAGACACGGGGAAAAUGUACGCCAUGAAGUGCUUAGACAAGAAGAGGCUGAAGAUGAAGCAAGGCGAGACAUUGGCGCUGAAUGAAAGGAUCAUGCUGUCUCUCGUGAGCACCGGGGACUGCCCCUUCAUUGUCUGCAUGACGUACGCCUUCCACACGCCGGACAAACUCUGCUUCAUCCUGGACCUGAUGAACGGAGGCGACAUGCACUACCAUCUCUCCCAGCACGGGGUGUUUUCUGAGAAGGAGAUGCGCUUUUAUGCCAGCGAGAUCAUCUUGGGCCUGGAGCACAUGCACACCCGCUUCGUUGUCUACAGAGACCUGAAGCCUGCGAACAUCCUUCUGGACGAGCACGGCCACGUGAGGAUAUCCGAUCUCGGCCUUGCCUGUGACUUCUCCAAAAAGAAGCCUCACGCCAGCGUGGGCACGCAUGGCUACAUGGCUCCUGAGGUGUUGCAGAAGGGGACGUGCUACGACAGCAGCGCUGACUGGUUCUCCUUGGGCUGUAUGCUCUUCAAGCUCCUGCGGGGCCACAGCCCUUUCAGACAACAUAAAACCAAAGACAAGCAUGAGAUUGACCGCAUGACCCUGACAGUGAACGUGCAGCUUCCGGACGCCUUCUCUCCUGAGCUGAGGUCCCUCUUGGAGGGGUUGCUCCAGCGGGAUGUGAGCCAGCGGCUGGGGUGCUGCGGAGGCGGGGCACAGGAGGUGAAGGAGCACGUCUUCUUCAAGGGCAUCGACUGGCAGCACGUGUACUUACGGAAGUACCCGCCGCCCCUGAUCCCUCCUCGGGGAGAGGUCAACGCUGCAGAUGCCUUUGACAUUGGCUCGUUUGAUGAAGAGGACACCAAAGGCAUUAAGCUGUUGGACUGUGACCAGGACCUCUAUAAGAACUUCCCGCUGGUGAUCUCCGAGCGCUGGCAGCAGGAAGUGGUGGAGACCAUCUACGACGCUGUGAACGCUGAGACAGAUAAAAUCGAGGCCAGGAAGAGGGCUAAAAAUAAGCAGCUUGGGCAGGAGGAAGAUUACGCGCUGGGCAAGGACUGCAUCAUGCAUGGGUACAUGCUGAAGCUGGGGAACCCCUUCCUCACGCAGUGGCAGAGACGUUACUUUUACCUGUUCCCCAACAGGCUGGAGUGGAGAGGAGAGGGCGAUUCUCGGCAAAAUUUACUCACCAUGGAACAGAUCCUGUCUGUGGAGGAGACCCAGAUUAAAGACAGGAAGUGCAUUUUGUUCAGAAUAAAGGGGGGGAAGCAAUUUGUCCUGCAGUGUGAGAGUGACCCCGAGUUUGCACAGUGGCUGAAGGACCUGACGUGCACCUUCAAUGAAGCCCAGAGGCUGCUCCGCCGUGCCCCCAAGUUCCUCAACCAGCCACGUGCCACCGUCCUGGAGCUCUCCAAGCCACCACUGUGCCACAGAAAUAGCAGCGGCCUCUGAACCACAGAGCAGCAGGGCCUGGAGGAGGGGCCCCAGCUUCAGCCCAGGAGUGGA